AUGUUCAGCAAUAACACAUACAUUCUCUCAGACAACAUACGGAUUUUCUUCACUGACAGUGGGCCACCACCACAUUCAAAUGAUUACACGACACUUGUCGUUCUGCACGGAACUCCUUUCAAUGGAUAUGGCUUGGAGAAGCUCCAUACUGUUGCUCAUUCCCUCAAUCUACGAACUGUCAUCUGGAAUCAACAUGACUAUCCCAGUUCGACGCCUUACACGGACUCUGAGCUCGAAGAGCUCAAUCAAGGCCGUAAGAUUUUCAUGGACAGAAUCAACAAGCAAAUUGGCCAAUCCCUCAAACAGUUCAUUGAGAAGGAGAACAUUCCCAAGGCCACUAGUGACCGUAAAGCGGGAGGUAUCGCUAUCAUGGGAUGGUCUAUGGGUAAUCUGUCAGCCAUGGCGCUACAUCAGGAAAAACCCAAUUUGUGA